CGGUAAUAAGUAUGAUCUUUUAAAAAAAAACAUGUUUACUUGUGAAUAAAACGAUUUUUUUUUCAGCAUUCGUAAGCUAAUAUGCAAGCACAAAUAAUGUCGGCGGAAGAAUUCAAAUUAGAACUUUCUAAAAAAGAUGCAGAAAUAGAAAGGCUACAUAAAAUGUUGCUUAUUCACGUAUGUAAUUAAUUAAACCAGCCACAUUAUUAAUAAAUAUUAUGUAGUCUUGUCUAAUAAGUCAAGUCUUUAAGUAGUGAAAAUGUAGUGAUUCUUAGCCUAUAAAAACCCAUAAAAACUGACCGAUGGCCGCCGAUGCCUAAUUCCUAAUACUGAUGAAUUUUAAUUUUAUAAUUGAUUGAAUUUACUGUGCCAAAAUGUGAGAUUACCAGGUUUGAGAAUAGACUUAUGACUUUCCUUUGCCUUUGGGGACAAUUGUGGAGUGGAAUCCUGCUAGAACAGGAUUAUUGUGGUCAAUAAAACCCGAUUUGAGCUAAUUUAGACAAUCCCUGCAAUGACGUCAUUUACAUGACCCAUUACAAGUUUAUUUUCCCCUUUGUUGUUUGUUUAUUCUUGUCUUUUAAUUUUUAAUGUAAAAACCCACCUCUCCUCGCCACUAAUACAAUUAAUACAUAACAAACAGGGUACAUUAAGUCAUUAAGGCUAUUGAUGCCGCUCAUUUCCCAGUGCUUUUGCCCUCCUUUUUUUUAAUGCAGUUCAGUCAGCAUCUUUGUUGUCAUGAUGGCAGUAGUGUCAUGACAACAGAGAUGGCAGCUAUGUAAAAAAAAAAAAAAAUUGUGCAAAAACACGUUUGCUAAAAUUGGGGAGGGAAAAGAGAAAUAGUGUUUUAUAGUAAAAUGUAUAAAUAUUAAGAUAAUGGUUUAAAUUUCAAAUUAAAAAAAAUUAGAGAAACAUUUUUCUCAGUGUUGAACAGAGCAACUUUAUUGUAUCAUUCUAGAUACAGGCAAGACCUGUCAAGGACCUGUGGUCAGCCCCUUUCCUAGGAUAAUUUCUUCUUCUAUAUUUUGAGGGCCCACAAUCAAUGAUAAUUAUGGCCCCUAUGUUAAACAUCAAUCACUAAUAAUUAGAAUAAAAAUUGGUUUGGCACCCCACUCAUUUCUCACUGAUGCCAUCAUGGUUUCAGUGGGUAAAUUAAUUUCGUGGCGAACGUAGCAAAUUUAUUGCAUCCCUUGAGAUAGGUGGCAAGAAGUAUCAACAACUUGGGGUUGCUCCCUUCCCUCAACUAAUACAAGUGUCCUACAGUUACGUGCUGUGGUGAGGAAAGCGUAAAAACUAAGAAAAAGUAUAAAAUAGUUUUAAAAUAAUGAAAACCCAACUUGCACUUUCAUCGAAUACACUUUUACACAUUUUAUUACAAUAUCCACAGACAAUCCAAAAUUAUCAGAAUGUCAGACCUGCAAAAAAUAGCAUCAUUUUGAAAUAUCAUAAUUAACCAUGCUAUGAAAUAUUAAUUUAAAAAAAGCCAUCCAUCAGAAACAUUCAAUUGGCAUAUUAAUAUUUUUUUAAAAAUAGUUGACUGUAUUACUACUCCGUGACUGAACAAAGGGGAGGGAAUCCUACACAGAAACUCAGUGUGAUGCUGAAAGCAUAAAUUGACUCAACACACUCUCAAAGAAGUCUUGAUCCUGUGCUAAUGUCAUGGCAGCAACACUAGGAUUUAUUCUCAGAUAUUAGUAUUAAUCGAUUGCAUCUAAAUCUAAUAGUAAUAACACUGCCAAGUCCAGUAAAUUUUAAAUUUCAGGAACUAUGCCAUGGUCCUGUUAUCUACAGAUAUUUAUUCCAAAAAUGAAGUAAAAUAUGUAAUAACUUUUAAAGUACUUUGAAAAAAUAAUGUUCAUGUGCAAAUAAAGUAUAGGAAUUUUGGGGAGCCAAGCCUUGACCAUGUCAUAUCCAAAUUUGUGAUGAGUCCCACUGUACUUGAAUGGACACUUGCACAUUGACUUGGCUAACUUCUUACUUAAACUUAAAUGGCUGAUUUUUUUGUGUGUGAAUGUCACUUGUAAUUGUGUCAACUAAGUUGGUGACUAUACACACGUUAUAUUCUUUAUAAAAAUGAAAAAUAUGAUUUUAAUAAUGUAAACCAAACUGUAAAAACAACUAAAGCUUAAUUGACGAUUGUGUUUAGGACUAUUCUAAUAUAUCGUCUUCUACUAUAGGAAGAAAAAUCAAACAUACAAAUAAUAUCACACCAAAUAGAAGAUGCGAAACCAAAGGAAGAAAUAAAACACCUGACAAAGGAAGAUGUCGGUAGAUAUAGCAGGCAACUUAUUCUACCGGAGUUCGGAGUUCAAGGUACUUUUUAAAAGAAACUUAUAUAUUUUAAUUUUUCAUUUUGUUUGUUUCAAAUAAAAUCAGACUUGCAGAUCUUAAAAUAAAUUAUUCUUAAUAUUGUAUCAAUUUCUUCAAUAUUAUUAUUACAAAAACAGUUUUCUUUUUACCAACUUUCUGUUACUUUCAUAGAUGCAAUGGGUGUUUGUUUGUGUAUAUGCAGGUAAUGGGGUUUAGUUUGGGAAUUAGAUUCUAACACUUACAUCUCUAAGCUAAUAUUGAACCAAACUUGGCCUAAAGGCAAAGGGGUAUUUGAAUCUAUUAAGAUUAUCUGGAUUCUCUUUUUACCCAUUGUAUAUGUAUGUGUAGUGUAAAUUUGAAUUGGCAGCAAAAGAAAAAUGGGGAGAAAAUAAUACCUUACUUUUUUUUGUUGUAUUUUAAUUAAACAAACUUGUUUACAAUUUACUUGUUAUUAAUUUUUAAAAAUAUCCUACAAUAUUCAGUUGUUGUUUUUUUCAUUUUGAAUUAGGUAUUGUUUAUGCAGGUGAAUUUAUACAAAUUGUUUGUGCUGAUAAUUUAUUUAUUAUUUGAUAUAUUAUAUGGUUUUAAGUUUUAAUAGUUGUUUAAAACAUUCUCAGGACAAAUUAAGCUCAAGAAUAGUGCUGUAUUAAUUGUUGGCGCUGGAGGGUUAGGGUGCCCCGCUGCAAUUUACUUAGCUGCUGCAGGAAUUGGUAAUUCAGAUGUCUGAAAUAUUUAUAAUUUAAUAUUAUUUUAAAACAAUUCUUUUAAAAGACGUCUUGACUUUUUGCAAAAUUGCUGUAAUAAGGUAUGCAUAAAGAAAUUUUUGAAAAGGUUUGUUAGGAUUAGAUUUUUAAAUUAUACUUUUACUUUAUAGCUCAUCAUUGCAGAAACUUCAAUUUCAACUCACAUAUGAAACUAAGCAUAAGCAAAAUUUUAAUUUAAAUUUGCAGAAUUUUUUUAUUUUAUUUUAAUGCUAAAUCUAAUGUUAAAUAUUGAUUUAAUGGUGAGAGCUCAUUCAUCAUCAUCAUCAUGUCCCUUAGUCCUUGGACCAUUGGGGCACCGCAGAUGACAUGUGAACUAUCCUCCUCCAUUCAUCUCUCUCUUCUGCACUAAGCACAGCAUCACCCAGUUUUAGACCUGUCCACUCUUUGAUGUUAUCCUCCCAUCUUUUUCUUCCUCUUCUUCUCCCUCCUCUUGUGGUGCCCUGCAAUAUUUCUUUGGCAAGCCCUUGUUUCCUUGUUAUGUGGCCAUAUCGUUGUAGUUUGCGCUUGUGACAGUCACCAGUAGGUCAUCAUACUGCCCAAUUGCCUGACGAACCCUUUCUUUCAUUAUCCCCAUAUAAACAAGGGUUGUUGGCUUUCUUUCAACAGCACAUCUAAUUUAUUUUUAUCUCUCCGUUUUCAGGGCGGAUUGGUGUUGUUGAUUAUGAUGAGGUAGAACUCAGCAACUUACACAGACAGAUUCUCCAUACAACAGAUCGUGUUGGUAUUUCAAAGUCCAUGUCAAUAGCCCAGUCUUGUUACAGGUUCAAAUUUAUUUAUAUAUAUAUUACUUUUUUUGUCAGAACUUGAUUGACUUUAUAGUCAAUUAUGCUUUUACCUCUAACUUCCUUAAAAAUUAAAGUGAUACAUUUUAUACAUUUACUAACACCAGUUAUCAAUGAUCUAGUGAAGUGCAAGUGAUGUUAUAUAAAUUUGUGAUGCACUGGGUAUAUUCAUAUAUGUUUCUGCGCACUAAUUUAGACAGAAUAAGACCCUGAAAUAUACACAAAAGGGGAUCACAGGCCAGAAUACGUCUUUGAUCAAUUUCAAUGCUUUGUUUUAUUCUCCAUAUACACAAUGUAUUGAUAGGAAAAAAAAAAAAGAUUACAACUUAUUCAUGAAAUACUUUUUAUCACUAAAUUUCAGCUAUCAACUAAUUAUUUUAAUGUUUAAGUAAGGUUGUUCUAAAUUCAAAGUUUGUGAUAUUUAAUAUAGAAAUCAUCUUACAUUUAUAGGCAGACUCUGAGCAGUUUCUUUUUUAAUUAAAACAAUGAGUGGCAUUUAGCAACUACAUUUUUAAAAAAAUGUUCUCCUUUCCCAACAUCAGACUAAACCCAAGUGUUGACUAUGUGCCUUAUCAUCUACAACUAGAUAGCAGCAACGCUCUUGAUAUUAUCCGGAAGUAGGUAAAGACUUAAAAGAAUAAUGUUUGGCUGUCAAAAUAAAAAAAAAUAACAAAAAAAAACAAAAACAAAAGUGAUUCUCAAGUCCCUAUAAUUUAUAAGACAUUACACAUCCAUCAUAGUUAUUAUGCCAUAAUAUUAUUAUUAUUAAUAUCAUAUUAUUAUGCCAGCCUAAUUUCUCUUCUGUCAAAAAAAUCACAUGGGCCAGUAAGAAUCAGAAAUGCAAUUUUUUCUUUCACUUUUUAUUCUGCCUAAAGCAGAAAUAUAAAGAAAGUUUUUCCGCAAUUUCUGUUCAUGAAGUGACCUUUGCUGAAGUUGAUGAGCAUGUUUUAAAAGUUUAUUCAUUUGACCAGUAGAAUAUUUUCACUAUGUUUUAUUAAAAUAAAUGAAAAUGAUUCAGGCAGUCUUCAAGUAUACACCUCUAAGGAUCCCAGUUAGUAAAUAAUUUUAUGGUAAUGGAAAACAGCCAAUAUUUUAUUAAAAAGAAAAUGAGCAAGAUCAAAAGAGCCGUAUCUCUGUAAAUGUACUGAAGCAAAUAUUAUUAUUAAUUCUUUGAAAAGAAGCACCCUCUCUGGUUCCUUGUCUAUAAUUGUAAUGUUUUAAUGAUAUAAGUUAUCUUAAAACAUGCUCCUUUAUACAAGCCUUCAUUUCUAAUUUUAGCUUUGACAUCAUUCUUGAUGCCACAGACAAUGUUGCCACUCGUUACCUCCUCAAUGAUGCCUGUGUCCUAGCUGAUAAACCUCUGGUAUCAGGGAGUGCUUUAAGAUUUGAAGGACAGGUAACUCCUAUAAAAAAAAAACAUGAUUAAAUGUAUUACAGAACAGAGCUUGGGAAAAUACCUGCCCUAAGAAAACACUGCAGACAUGUUUUAGUAACAUUAAUUAAUCGGAUGAUUAAAUUGCAAAAUAGUUUUUAAUCAGGGGAAGCUAUUUUCUAUUUGUGUAUAUUUCAAAAGAAUUCCAACUAAUAAUUUUUUUGUGUGCAUUUUAUGGCAAUUCUGUACCUAAUAUUUAAUGUUAAAUUGCUUUAUUUACCUUGAAUUGUUUUGAGAAUUAGCAAAAACCAAUGGGUCUCAAAUUUACUUACAGGUGUACUCCAGAUCACAAAACUGUCUUUUUUUUUUUUUGACUCUGGCCUACAAACUCAUUUUAAAAAAGAAUUAAGUCCUACAAUACUGAAGUGUUAAUUUUCCUUAUUUUCAAAAUGUAAUAUGCAUCCAAUUAAACAUCAUUUAUGUGUCUUAAAGGUAAUUUAAGAUUUUUUAAAUACUGGUAGUAAUUAAAAAAUAAAAUCCUAGAUUUACCUGUUGGAUGGGUUUUGGGACAAAAUGGGAAAAGAGCUGUGAAAAAGCAAGUAGUUUUGACAAAUGUGUUCAUAAGAAAAAUUAACGACAGCCAUAAAAGUAAACCCCUACUUUCAUUAGUAAAUAAUUUUUUUUUUUGGAUUCAACUUUUGGGGACUUAGCACGAAAAUAGGACAAUUUUGUGCACAUGGUUUAUUAAUGACCCAAUUACUUCAUUUUAUUUGUCUUUAAUACGAUGAGUUAAAAUAAUUUUUGACUAGAUCAGACUGUUGAAACAGCUAAUGGCUGAUUAUUUCAUUUUUGAAAUAAUUGUUCAUUUUUCUUUCUCCCCUGCAUGCUAGUAAUAUUUAAGUGGCAAAUAAAAUGACUGUGUGUUUCUGACAGUUGACAGUUUACAACUGUAAUGGUGGACCAUGUUAUAGGUGUCUGUACCCCAGGCCACCACCACCUGAAGCAGUCACCAACUGUUCAGAAGGUGGGGUCAUUGGUGUAGGUAAGUGGCCAUUUAAAGCAACACAUUUACAUAAAAUUCUCUCCGAGGGAAUUUUCUGAGGGUCUGUGAUCAUGCUAUUGCUGCCUAAGGUGUGGUAAACCUGUUUGAUGAAGUAGUUUAUGCCCAAAGUGUAUUUCUGUUUAAUUAUUACUUAAUUAAUUAUUUUAAAAUUUUCUUGUCUUUUAGUUAAGAUAAAAUAAAUAAUAUUCUUUUAUUGAUCCAAAUGAAUGGAAAUGUUUUUUGAAUACAAUGCACAUAUUCAUUUUCAGUACAUAGAUAAAUAUUAUAACAAAAACUUUUAGACAAGAUCAAAUUAAAACAAGACAUCUAAGGUAUUUCUUAAGCGCAAAAAUCAGCCCUCAUGUGCCAUGGAACUUCACUCAGUUAGUGACCAUAUUGACUUCAAGAGGGAUUAUUUUAACAUAUACAGAUUUUAAAAAAAAAUUCUAAAAUUUCUAUUUUAAAAAACAUUAUACAAAUGCUAUUUUAAUUAAAGAUUUUUUAAAUUUUUGCAUGAACCCUGGCACAUUAGUGUUCCUAUUUUAAGUCUACAGUUAUGAAAAUGGCUGUUUAAUUACUUCAACAUAAUUUUGUUGGCAUUCUUAAGACAUGAAAUUGGUUUGAUAAAGUAUUCAAGUCAGUACAUUAGUCAAAUGUAAAAAUCGAGAUGGAUUUUACACCUCCCCCCACUCUGCUGUUAGAAAUGAGCCUGUACUGGCAUCCACAUUUCCUAAUCUAAGAUUAUCUAUUUACAAUCACAAUCAUCAUUUCAAGGUAUUUUAGUUUUCCUCAAACACAUCAAGGCCUAAUAAUAAGUUCUUCUUUUGCCAGCUAGUUCAAACAAUAAAAUAAAAAAAUUUAACAUCAUGUUAAAAAUCCUAAGUACUUUGCUGUUGUGUUACCCAUAACCAUUCCAAUAUGCAUUUGUAGUUAUAUCCCCCCCCCCCCCCCCCCCCCCCCACACACUAUGCAAAAAUCUGCGAAGUAUUAAUCUUAUAUUUAAUUAUUUUUUUAUAAGUAUUUUACGGCUUCAUCAACCCUGGCCACACUGUUAUUAACAUUUCCCACACUCUUUUAAACACUUUCUAUGCUCUUAAACACAUUCUAAACUCUCAAAUGUACAUAAUUUUAAGCUCUUUGGCUUUCUGGCAGAGGCAAUUGAGUCUUAGGUUAUGCAUUUAAUGUGAUUUAAUAUUCUUUGAAUAGAUUUUAAUUCAUAUUUUAUAUAUAUUUUUUUUAUUGUUCUUUUUUUUAGGCUAGAAAAUUCUUAUUUUACCACAAAAAAUCAAAAUAGUAAAUAAAUAAAUUUACCUAUGUACUGCAAAAUCCCUCAAUAUGGCGAAAAACCUGUGAUACAAAAUUAGAUACAGUGAGACCCUGAAAAGUGAAUCUGUGAUAGGGUGGGAAUCAUUGUAUUUGUUUAUUUGUUUCAUAUUCAUGUCAAAGUGUUACUUUCAUUUCAGUUCCAGGAAUCAUAGGUUCAUUACAAGCAUUGGAGGCCAUCAAAAUAGCAUCUGGUCUCGGCAGUAUCCUUUACAUUUUUAAAUCAAGUGACCCAAUGACUUAAAAAUGAACUUGGACAUCAAAGAACAAAAUAAUGAGUUCAUUCAGUUUUUGAAGAGAAGACAAAUUUAGCUGGGCAAGCCUGAGAUAUGCAUUAGGUUGGAUUUUGGUGCAAUGAAAACAUAACCUCUCUAUAUAAGAUCAUAAACCAUAUUUCCCUUUAGCUUCCUAAAUUAAAAAAUUUUAAAUAAUAAACAGCAAAAUUGUGUUUUAAGGAUCUAAAUCCAUGUCCAUAUUUUCAGAGGGAAGCUCCCUUAAUAAUUCUGAAAGACUAAACAUCCAUUUUUGAAAAAUAUGAGAUCAUGCAAUUUACAAUGAUCUCAAUUGGUACUCAGUGGAGUCCCCAAACCCUUUCCUCAACUCAUCUAGCUUCCUUUCAGCAACGUCUCCUGUUGUUUGACGCCUUGGACGGUACGUUUCGUUCUGUCAAGCUUCGUGGCCGCUCCAAAGAAUGCUCAGUGUGCGGAGAGUCGCCCAGUGUCAUACAGCUCAUCGAUUACGAGCAGUUUUGUGGAUCCAGGGCGACGGAUAAGGUGAGGGUUUUAUUUCUCUUGUCUGUCGAUGCAGUUGCAAGAAGUCCAUUAAUGCUGUGUGGCCGUCUCAUUCGUUCAACUGCCAGGAGAUGCUUACAUUCACAAGAAGAACAAAUUUUUAUAGUUGACUUUCUGUACGAAAUAAUUUCUUCUCUGCUCUGCUUCUUGGGGGAUAAUGAUGUAAAAAAAAAAAUGGCCUGUAUUGGUUGUAGAAUAUUUGUAAACAAAAAUUCCGCAGUAUUCAUCCCAUCACUUAAAAAAUUUAUAAUAUUUUCAUUUUAAUAUAUCUAUUUUCUAGUAAGGUUCAUAAAAGGAAUUACAUUAUGAAUCAUUCAUCUAAAACAGGGGGUGGGCAACACAAAAGGAUUUGCGGGACACUGCGAUAGCAUUCAACUGUUUAUGAAACACAUGUUAUUACAGCUCAUAUCAAAAUAACCACUCACUAAAUGCUGUAAAAAAUGUUUUUCUAUUCUUAAUGCGAAUGAAAUGUUAAAUAAUAUAGAAUUAAAUUAAGCUAAUGUGAUAGCAUUUCAUUUUUUCAUUCAAUUAUCUUUUUAAAAUGAAUUUCUUUGUAAAUUAAAUUGAACGACAUAAAAAUUGGUGUAAUAUGCAUAAAACGGGCAUUAGUGGGCUGCAAAAUUUGACACGGUGGGCUGCAAUAUUUGACACAGUGGGCUGCAAUAUUUGACACGGUGGGCUGCAAUAUUUGACACGGUGGGCUGCAAUAUUUGACACGGUGGGCUGCAAUAUUUGACAUGGUGGGCUGCAAUAUUUGACUUGGUGGGCUGCAUGAGGGAGGGCGGGCCACCCCCUAAUUUAUAAGAAAUUAUAAAAGGGGAUAUUUCACACUAAAAUAAAUGAUACUGUGAAACAUUCUUGUGUUGAAAACAUUCUUGUACUUGUAUGAUGUUGUUGUAUAAUACUCAGUAUUCUCUUUUGUAACAAAAAAAUAAACAGCCAAAUUAGGAGUCUAUAAAUUAACAAAAUAAAAAAAAAAAUGUAAGCAAAUUAUUAACUCAAUACCUCUAUAAUGUAACUUCUGGAUGACCCUGUUUUAAAUUUAUCUACUCUCUGGGCUCAAAUUUAACUCAUAUAAAAUUCCAAACUAUUAAGUUGCAUACACUUAGAUACCUCUAACUAAAAACUUUCUACCAGAAAGAAAACUGAUUCCCCCAUUUACAUCCAUCUCUUCUCUCACCCAGUGGUUCCCAACAUGUGCUUUCCGUGAAGGCUUCUCAUGCACAUCUUCAGUGAUGUUCAUGCAUAUUUUGGUUAAAAAGAAAUAUGAAUGUUUUAAUUUUAGAUGGCGAAUAAUAAGUUUGCCAGGGGACCAUCCCUUCUUUAAAAAGUUAAUCAUUGAAAAUCAUACACUCGGACAUUGGAGCCGAAUAGUCAGCUCACCAUGAAAAUCUAUUUGAAUACCGGGUACAUGCUUCUUCUGUGGGUUAGGCUGUGCUGGGUUUGUCUUCAUUUGUAAGUGAUGAAAUAUUACCUCGGGGGUGUAAAAAAAAAUAAUUAAAGGACCAGCAGUCUGUGACUGGUCAUCGUAUUAAACAGUUCUUACUUACGUACCACCGUCUUUUCACAAUCUUUGGUUUCCACACACCUGUUUGCAUCCAUGUUUAAAAGUCGUAAAUUUAUCAUUAAUUAAAAUAAACUACUCCAUAUGUGCAUAUGCUGGUUCAACACAAAGAAUCAUGCUCAUUCAAACGCUUAGUUGAAAAAAAAAGCAUUUUGAUGCAAGUAAAAGCAGCCACUUCCAGCUUAGUAACAGCAUUCAUGUGUCAAGCCAACGUCUUUAUACCUAAGCUGUAAACAAAUCAAGCCACACAAAAAAAAACAAGGCACUAUUUAUUUUUUUAAAAUGAAUCGCACUAUAAAACGCUUUGGACUGUGCCAAGAAAUGAAAUGAAAGACCUUCGGUACCCUCAGUCUGGCCAGGAUGAGGCUUAUUUUGUGCCUGGUUUGUCUUCAUUUGUAAGUGAUGAAAUAUUACCCCGGCGGUGUAAAAAAAUAAAUAAAUAAACAACGAGGAAUCAACACUUGUCAAUACAUUAAACAGAACAGUACUUACUUACUUAUGUCUUUUAUCAUGCCCGGGGAAUAAGGCGUCUGAUGAAAUUGAAAUUAGAAAAUGGCGUCAGCUAGUCGUCGAGCUAGUGCCCUCCCCAAAGCCCCCCCCCCCCCCACCCCCCCCCCCCCCAAGCACCCCCACCUAAGCCUGAGUAUCGGGUGGUGAAGCAGCACAUUGAAGAUCUCCCUUUGCUAGGCCAGCCCCCAACAGCACAUACUCCAUUGGGUACUAACGGAGGCCACCCCAUUCCAAGGACAUCCUGUCAGCCAGUGGCGCUGCUCUCACAGCGUCAGCAGUUGACUUUUUCAGGAGUCGGGUGGUAUAUUUGCAUCCUAAAAUCUUCCUCUCCCAUCCUAGGGAAUCAUCAGAUGUCCUGUAAUAGGGAUUUCUACAGUGGGGAAUCGUCAGAUGUCCUGUAAUAGGGAUUUCUACAGUGGGGAAUUGUCAGAUGUCCUGUAAUAGGGAUUUCUACAGUGGGGAAUCGUCAGAUGUCCUGUAAUAGGGAUUUCUACAGUGGGGAAUUGUCAGAUGUCCUGUAAUAGGGAUUUCUACAGUGGGGAAUCAUCAGAUGUCCUGUAAUAGGGAUUUCUACAGUGGCUUUCUUCCUUGCAACUAAUUUAUGAGGCAGCUGCUACAAAAUGGUUGCCUAGGAACAGCUUCCUCAAUUGCUGUGUAAUUAGAAUCAUCAGCAUGAGGUUGCCACUACCCACCUCAUGCCUCAUAUCCAUGAACGGCAACAUGUAAUCAUGAUCCACAAUCCUGUUUCUGCCAUUUUAUUUCCAGCUCCAAAAUUACCACAGCUGGUAGCCCUGUAGAUGCUACCAUUUUCUGCAUAUACCAUGCAUACCUUUGUCUGCCAGCGCAGUCUCAAGCAAUGGAGAUUUUGUUCCCCGGGUAGCGCCAGGGGGCUAGUGACAGCGCCUCUUUAGUCAGCAAGCCACUACAGACUUUUCAACCAGGGCCCCAGGGGAAGGCCGUCUACAAGAAUUAUCCAUUUUCUUGAUCUUGUGCAUAUUUUUCCAGUUGCUUCCAUGUGUAUCCCAUACUAUUUCUGUCUGCCUUUAGCUUGCAUUUCCAUGUUUUCUGUGGUCUUCCUCUCUUCCUUUAAACAUGCUUUUAUUUACCUUGUGAUUUUGUCUGUUUCUCUGGGUCAUAUCUUUCACCACAAUUUUGUCCCACUUCCUGAUGUCCAAUUGAGCUGAAACUUUGUACACUUACCCAACCUCAUGGCAACACAACCCUUCAUGAUCAGUAGGUCACCCAGUGAACUCCACUGACCCUAGAGUGAUCUCUGCACGUCAAAUCUUGCAUCUCCAUUUUGAUCCCACUUCCUGAUCUGCAACUGAGCUGAAACUUUGUACACUUUGACUAAAAAGUACAAAAUAACCAAUAUUUAAAAAAUACUUUAAAAAAAACAACAACAAGUUUUACCAAAAAUUUGCUUAAAAUGAAAAGUAUAAAAUAAAUGUCCCCCAAAACUUCAGAGCUGUCAGUCUUGUGACUAAAAAAAGUGUGUGGGGCGCUCUUGAAAUACAAUGAUGCUGUAUGUCUUUUCCUUAGAUUGUUAAGCCCGUAUGUUAGUUUGUGUGUUGUCACAUCUUGCUUCUUAAUUUUUACCCAAUUCCUGAUCUCCAAUUUAGCUGAAGGACUCCGCUUCUUCCAGUGCACUUCCUGCCAAGGAUAUGCGUUCUUAGUUGGCUGAGUUUACCUUCACAAUCUUUUUCUUGCUUCUAUUUAUGUUGAGUCGGAGCUGAGCUGAAAUGAUGGCUACAUCUUUUGUCUUUUCCUGCAUUUCUUUAUGAUUGUGGGACAGAGACAGAAGUCCAAUGUCAUCUGCAAAGUCUAGGUCAUUCAGUUGUUCCCAGGGUCUCCACUGUUUCCCAUUCUUCUUUUUGUCAGUGAAUUCUUUCAUUAUCCAGUCAAUGACAGGAUGAAUAGGAAGAGGAGCAAGAGACAUCCUUAUCUGACUCCUGUUUACUCUUUAAAGGCACAUGUGAGUCCAUUAAACAGUACAGGUGCAAAAACAAUGGGAUCAAAGACAGAAUCGCAAGGUGUGCAUUUUAUUAGUUGCUUCAGACACUUUGGGAUGGUGACUUAUCAUAUGACCAGCUAAAUUUAAACAUGCAGAUGUGCUGUUCCAUUUCAUUUCAAACUUCAAGCCUUUGAGGCCUUGUUAUUUAGCCUAUCAUUGUCCCUUUUAUUUCAACAAAUUUAUAUCAUCAUCACAUGGUUUUCAUCCAAGAAUUUUGCAGCGGCAUAGCUAGCAUCAUCUCACGGGACAACACUAAAUUUUUAAAAAUAAUUAAAAAAUUAAAAAUGCCGUCCCCUGAAUUUAAAAAAAAAGAAUUGAAUUUUGCCCUCCAAUGAAUUUCCUGCACUCAGUUUUUUUCCUUUUAACUCAAAGGCUCUCUGUUCCUAAUGAAAUAUUGACUGCUUUAAACUAAUCCCCCUGAUAUGUUUCAUGGGGCACCAUGUGGUACAUUCCUCCCUAGCUUGGUCUUUUAUUUGGCUGUAGUCGGCUUAUUGACUUUAUAGCCCCCCUUUUUUUUUUCAAUAAAAAAAUUGAUAAUAAUAAAGUCAUUUCUUAAUCAUCAAUAACAGCUGGUGGAAAUCACCCCAUUGAUUCUGAAAGUUUAACCUAAGUAUAACUUAAUGACACAGGUUUCUGGUUUAGAUUCCUAGACAAGGCCAUUUUUUUUCAAUUAAAAGUAAAAGUGCUAAAAGCACAAACAUUACUUUGUUUACAGUAGCUCAUGACAAACACAUUUAUUUUCUUCUUUUCAAUGUUAGCCACUACAAAUCAAUGCAUUACCGUACAUAAUUUACAAUUUUAAAUUAGAUUUGAAGUUGGGUAUACUGUAACAGAGUACAAUUGUUGUUUUCAAAAAAUCUUUGAAGUUUGGGGCAGGCCUAGAAAUAUUUCUUGGGGUGUGAUUAGAAUAAAGAAAAUGGAAAAUUUGUGUUUACAAAGAAUACAUAUCUUUGGUUUAGAAUCAGUUGUUUAAGGUUAUCCCAAUACAGGAUAGUUCCCAGCACAGGCGACAGUUACAUGAAGUUACUUUCCCCUGCGAAAGCUGUAAAUGUAAUCAAAGUGAACGAAUGGAAUUGGAAUACACAUUAUAAAGUUUUUAAAAAAUUUUUUGUAAUAAGUUUAGUUCUCCCCAAAUAUUAUAUUUUAUAAGUCAAAGAUAACAGGAGAACUCAACAUGAUAUUUUAUAAGCCAACAUAUUUUAAAUAAGUUGUAUACAAAAUUUAAAUUGUUCUUUUUCUUUUUUCCACCUCAGCAAAUGAAUUAUACAAGUUUUGUUAAGUCUUCAAACUCUUAAAGGAUUAAUAUUUCUUAGAUUUGCCUUGAUCAUUUAGCAAGGAUUCACUAAACCCUGAAGCUUGCAGAGUGGAAUUUUUCUCGCUCAGGAUUGCAGGUGAUCAUGAAGGGUUGCUAAUGCAUGCUGAUAUUAACUCUUCAGAUUGAUCAUCUCCCGUUGAGCCUGGAAAAAUUCCACUCUAUCUUCUCUAAUGAAAUAAACCCUUGCCUCACUUUUCAUACCAAUAUUAAUAUGCUCACUGCCUUUCUUUUUUAUGAGAAUGAUUCUUCUUUAAAUAACCUGUUUCAAUGUCUUUUUUUCCAAAUGUCUUUAAAAAAAAAUAACUUAAGGCACCGGAUGUAUGUUGUUAUUUAAAAAGAAAAAUAAUGGCACCACAUGUACAUUGUUACCGUAUUUAAAAAAAAAAAAUUUGGUUAAGGUUCUGGACGCAAUAAAUAUGCAACUUUUGCUCAACCCAUUUAGCAUUCAAUUUGAAAUCAAAUUUUCCAACGCUUAACAAGCAAGCACAAAUGAAAUGUUGAUUUCAACUCAUUGCCCCUUACUCAGUCUUGUUCACUUUUAUAACAUUCCAUAACACAAGCAACAUUUCAAUCGCUGCCUUUUUAAUUAAAUUCAAAGCGUUCGCCCUGGUUAUUGAUUAUCAUACGGAUGAAGUGUUUCACGAGAGGGCUUUUCAUGCAUACACAUUUCUAUAUUGUUGUGUUAUCCAACUAUCAGAUGUUCUCUUUAGUCCUUCGUUGACGGUCUGAGCCUGGCUAAUCCUAGAUCAACUAGUUAUUACUCUUUUUUUUUAGCUGGACCCAGCUGCUUUAAGACGCUGCAUCUGUUUUGUCCACACAAUGACUUUUAUGGGUUUUGUGAUUCGUCCCUUCUGUUUCCUACUUAAGAGCUAUUUUAAGCUUUACCUUACAGGCCCUAUUUUCCUUUUUUUUAAAAAAAACAAACACAUUAAGAUAUCUGCUAUAAAUAAAGCUUUUGAAAUUAUUUAAAUAAAAUAAUCAUGAUAUGUACAAAAUUUAUGUUAAUAAUUUUUUUUUUUUACCAAAUAUUAAAGCAGACGGGAGUUUGCUAGCUCCCCUUCCAACCCUUCUCCCUCCAUUCACUGAACAAAGCAGGUGCAAUGGAACACAAUCAGCUGAGCAUUCACAUGUGACAACAAAAAAAUUAUAAUUUGAAAACAAGAUGGAAAUACAAAUGGAAAGAAACUCUUUAAAAUGAAGUUUAGCAUUACUGUCACACAAAAAUAAAGAAGUAUUUGUGAAAAGAUAUGUUUCUGAUUUCAGAGCCGUUCUUAGGCGUUUGGGGGCCCUAAGCAUGGAGCGUAGGUGGGGGGCCCUGGAAGAGGGGGUGGUCCGGGGGUUGGAGCUCCCUCGAGCUGAGGAGAAAACACCACCCACCACUGCGGCACCUCCAUUCUGCCUUCAUCAAUGUUUCUUCUUUCCCAUUCCCACUGCCAAGGCCCCCUGAUUUCCUGUCUGCCACCCCCAAAGCUCCCCCCUGCUGCUUCCCUUCCCCUGCCUCCGAAUUCAACUCAGAAUGAUAAAUUUCCGAAGGAUGAGGAAGGUAACGUGAGUGACACACACGGCUGCAGUGCCAGUUAAAAAAAAAAUAACAGGGGAUCAAGGGCGCCUCAUGGGGGCCCCCUCACGUUCGGGGCCCUACGUGGAUGCGUAGUCAGCGUAUGCCUAAGAACGGGCCUGCUGAUUUUAAAGCUAAGCAUCUGCAGAUGGAAUUCUCUCUAAAUUUCAGCUUGGUCUUCCAUUUUACUACAUUGGUUUGCCCAAUUUUAAAUAUCAACCAUCAUGUAUCCAUUUGAUUCUUUACUUUUGGACUUUGUAUGCAACAAUGUAGUGACGUUUCAUGUCCACAAUAGUUUUAGAAAAAACAUAUGGAUAUCAGUUAAUGAUACAAGGUGUAGGCAGUGAAAAUACUUUGAAGGUGAAGUUUAAUUACGAAGUCUAAUGUUUAAAAAAAUACGAAAUAUCCAGCAUUUAGAAAAGUGUGUGAGAGAAAAGAAACAACAACAUUUCCUAGCUAUUUUACUAACGACAAGAUACAACAAAGUUGUAAUGGUACGGUAAUACACACACAGUCAGUUCCCCAGAAAACCGAUUCUUCUUUCUUUAAGUUACGAUUUUUAAAUUUAUUUACAGGACCAUCAAAUCAAAGUUCUUGAUGACAGUUCAAGAAUCAAUGUCAAGGUAAAUGCACCAUAUGCUGUUAUGUCCUAAACUUUCCUUCAGUGUCAAAAAUAUCAUAAACUUUGGCUCAGUGUCAAAAAUAUCAUAAAUUUUGGCUCUGUGUCAAGAAUAUCAGGAACUUUGGCUCAGUGUCAAGAAUAUCAUAAACUUUGGCUCAGUGUCAAAAAUAUCAUAAACUUUGGCUCAGUGUCAAGAAUGAUAAUUAAUUUCAAACAUCGCAGGUAGAAGCACAACUCCCCAGUGACUAGGCCUAAAGAUUUGAACUUGUGUGAGAUGUCAGAAUAAAUGAUAACCUGUUUGAGGAGAUAUCAGAAUAAAUGAUAACUUGUUUGAGGAGAUGUCAGAAUAAAUGAUAACUUGUUUGAGUACAUUACUUUUAUAAGCUCUUGUCUUUUUUGUAAUGUUAAGAUUGCAUAAAGACAUCUCUGUGGGUGCAUUGACAUGAAUCACAUCGACUAAGCAAUCUUUUUGAUUGGGUCAUUUAAAUUGAAGGUUAUGAAAUCAUUGAUUUCAAUUCAUCAGUUCUAAAGGUGACCUCAACUAAGCAAUUAUUUUGAUUGGGUCAUUUAAAUUGAAGGUUAUGGAAUCAUUUCAUUAUUUCAGUUCAUCCAUUUUAAAGGUAGCGGGCUGCCUUGAUGAAGGAAAGUUUAUGUUAAAUUUGAAUAAGCUAAAAAAAAACAACAGAGCCUCACACAAGUCCUGUAAAAGACCUUUUGACAUUUAAAAACUCACACAUUUGUGAGCAAAUUAACAAUAGUCCACACAAAACCUCACACAAUUUUUUAAGCAAAUAAACAAGAGUCCACACAAAACCUCACACAAAUUUGUAAGCAAAUAAACAACAGUCCAUACAAUAUCCCACAAACCUUUUACUGCACACUGACCUUAUAAAAUUUUUGUAUUAAUUUAAUGAAUAGGAAUACUGGACUAUGUUACAAGAGCGGACACCACAUAUCCUUCUUGAUGUGCGUCCUAUUGUAGAAGUUGAUAUAUGCAAACUGCCACAUCCAGCGAUUAGUAUCCUUUGAAGAGUUCUGCUGCUUAGCUGAUUUGUUUGGGGAGAAACAAUGGGGUUGGGGGGGGGGGGUUUACAUGGAGAAGGCAGGAUUACAAGGUUAUUAAAUCUAACGUGUUCUCUGGUUCAUAGCAAGGAAUGAUCUAAACACCACCUGGCAGGCUUAAUCUUGGAGCCACAUAGAUGAUUUGUUUGGGGGGAAAAAAUGGGGGUGGGGGGGGGGGGGGUUUACAUGGAGAAGGCAGUAUUACAAGGUUAUUAAAUCUAACGUGUUCUCUGGUUCAUAGCAAGGAAUAAUCUAAACACCACCUGGCAGGCUUAAUCUUGGAGCCACAUAGUCAUAGAACCAGCCUGAUUUUCAUACAACUUGCCCCAUAGUCAUACAACUUGCCCCAUAGUUAUACAACUUGCCCCAUAGUUAUACAACUUGCCCAAUAGUCAUACAACUUGCCCCAUAGUCAUACAACUUGUCCCAUAGUCAUACAACUUGCCCCAUAGUCAUACAGCUUGUACCAUAGUCAUACAACUUGCCCCAUAGUCAUACAACUUGCCCCAUAGUCAUAUCACUUGCCCCAUAGUUAUACAACUUGCCCCAUAGUUAUACAACCUGCCCCAUAGUUAUACAACUUGCUCCAUAGUCAUACAACUUGUCCCAUAGUCACACAACAUGUCCCAUAGUCAUACAUGUCCCAUAGUUAUACAACUUGCCCCAUAGUUAUACAACUUGCCCCAUAGUUAUACGACAUGCCCCAUAGUCAUAUAACUUGCCACAUACUCAUAGAACUAACCUCUUUACUCUUAGUAAAAGUCUGAGUCACAUAGCUCGCCCUAUAGUCAUAGAACUAGCCAAAUGGUCAUAGAACUAGCCACAUGGUCAUAGAACUAGCCCUUUAGUCAUAGAGCUAGCCUAGCUCAUAGAGCUUAGUUGUUAAUUUUUCCAUAAAGAAAAGAUGUUUUAUUUUAUUACACAUUCAAUUUUAAUAUCAUUCUCUUUAAAUGGCAACAAGACAUCCCAUUCACAGCUUUCAUAAACAAUGUCACAGAAUCAGCUUCUCAAAUAGUCCAGGAAGUCAAAGACCUGGCUCAGAAACACCAACCAGAGGCAUCAGCAAGCACCAUAAACGUACCUGUUGUUUGUGUCUGCCGCAGAGGAAACGAUUCCCAGCUGGCCGUUGAGAAACUCCAGAAAGAGCUGGCAGGCAAGGGUGUCAAGGUUCUUGACAUCAAGGGAGGACUGCACAGCUGGAGCAAAGAGGUUGACCCAGAAUUCCCAGUCUACUGAACACUUCAAGCUUUUCUAUUGUUUCCUUUUGUAAUUGUUGAUUAAAAUAAACAACCCUAAAAACAAAAUAUAAAUCGUUUAAAUACAUUUUUGUUCGACUUGGCGAUGGCUACAUCUCUAAAGAAAUCAUUGUAUCAUGUUUCCUUCAUCUGCCCCUUGACAAACAAGAAAAAUUGAUUUUUGGGGGUGAAUGCUGAAAUUAGAUAGAAUGCAACGUUUCAGCUCUAAGUGGGUCAAUUACCCAUCCCAAGAUUUUGUCCUAAAUACACAAAAAAAAAAAAAAGCUAAUUUAAUGUAAAGGCUUUAAAAAAGAAAUACAGAAUGCGCCAAAAGUAACAGUACUUACAUUCCAGCUUAUUGAAUGGGUACGAUCGUUUGUCAACGGUGCCUAGCUCUAGUCUCCCUGUGUUCUCAGAAUUAAAAAAGGAAGACGUAAGAAAUGCGUUUUUCGAGGGAGGAAAUGUAUUCAUCAUUCAGUAUUAUUUUCCCCAUAUGUAAGUUAUAGCAUAGCACCAAGUAACAGGUAAAUGAUUAGUACAGCAUCAAGUAAUACGUAAGUGAUAGUAUAGCACCAAGAAAAACUUAAGUGUUAGUAUGGCAUCAAGUAACAGGUAAGUGAUCGUAUGGCACCCAGUAACACUGAAGUGAUAGUACGCACCAAGUAACACGUAAAUGUUAGUAUGGCAUCAAGUGACAAGUGAUAGUAUGGCAAAAUGAUAGCAUGGCACGAAGUUACACUCAAGUGAUAGUAUAGCAUCAAGUAACACUGAAGUGAUAGUACGGCACCAAGUAACACUUAUAGUAUGGCAUCAAGUGACACUUAAGUGAUAGUAUGGCAUCAAGUAACACUGAAGUGAUAGUACGGCACCAAGUAACACGUAAAUGAUAGUAUGGCAUCAAGUGACACUUAAAUGAUAUUAUGGCAUCAAGUGACACUUAAAUGAUAUUAUGGCAUCAAGUGACACUUAAAUGAUAUUAUGGCAUCAAGUGACACUUAAGGGAUAUUAUGGCAUCAAGUAACACUUAAAUGAUAUUAUGGCAUCAAGUAACACUUAAAUGAUAUUAUGGCAUCAAGUAACACUUAAAUGAUAUUAUGGCAUCAAGUAACACUUAAAUGAUAUUAUGGCAUCAAGUAACACUUAAAUGAUAUUAUGGCAUCAAGUAACACUUAAAUGAUAUUAUGGCAUCAAGUGACACUUAAGUGAUAUUAUGGCAUCAAGUGACACUUAAAUGAUAUUAUGGCAUCAAGUGACACUUAAGUGAUAUUAUGGCAUCAAGUGACACUUAAGUGAUAGUAUGGCAUCAAGUAACACUUGAGUGAUAGUAUGGCAUCAAGUAACACUUAAGUGAUAGUAUGGCAUCAAGUAACACUUAAGUGAUAGUAUGGCAUCAAGUGAAACUUAAGUGAUAGUAUCGCAUCAAGUAACACUUAAGUGAUAGUAUGGCAUCUCAUCAAGUAACACUUAAGUGUUAGUAAGGCACCAAUUAACACUUAAAUGAUAGUAUGGCAGCAAGUAACACUUAAGUGAUAUUAUGGCAUUUAGUGACACUUAAGUGAUAGUAUGGCAUCAAGUAACACUUAAGUGAUAGUAUGGCAUCAAGUAACACUUAAGUGAUAGUAUGGCAUCAAGUAACACUUAAGUGAUAGUAUGGCAUCAAGUGAAACUUAAGUGAUAGUAUCGCAUCAAGUAACACUUAAGUGAUAGUAUGGCAUCUCAUCAAGUAACACUUAAGUGUUAGUAAGGCACCAAUUAACACUUAAAUGAUAGUAUGGCAGCAAGUAACACUUAAGUGAUAUUAUGGCAUCUAGUGACACUUAAGUGAUAGUAUGGCAUCAAGUAACAUUUUGUGAUAUUAUGGCAUCAAUUAACAUUUAAGUGAUAUUAUGGCAUCAAGUAACACUUAAGUGAUAGUAAGGCAAAAUGAUAGUAUGGCAUCAAGUAACACUUAAGUGAUAGUAUAGCACCAAUUAAUACUUAAGUGAUAGUAUGGCACCAAAUCACACGUAAAUGAUAGUGUGGCACCAAGUAACAUGGUUCUGGAGUGGUCUUCUGUCAACAGAAGUCUAAUAGACCAGUAGGUGGGCGAAUGUAACUGCCACACAUUCUUAUGAAAAACUGCACCCACGUACACCACAAGCACACAUUUUUAACAGUACAACUUUCUUGGCUGGCAUAACUGGGUACUUUCAGCAUUGUUCAACAAGGAUCCGAUACAAAAAUUAACGUAUGUCUUCAACAACUGGUGAGUGGAUAUACCGCUGAUGUUCAGUUUCAAGGAUGUUCAUUGUAGGGUCCAAUGCAGUAGGGGCCAAUGCAGUAGGGUCCAAUGCAGUAGGGGCCAAUGCAGUAGGGUCCAAUGCAGUAGGGGCCAAUGCAGUAGGGUCCAAUGCAGUAGGGGCCAAUGCAGUAGGGGCCAAUGCAGUAUUGGCCAAUGCAGUAGGGGCCAAGGCAGCACCUGGAGAACAUAUGCUUGAUUCUGAUUUAUUAAAACACUUACUGCUGGGCCAUACUUCCCCGUCCAUUGACACAGUACACUUACUGCUGGGCCAGACUUCCCCGUCCAUCGACACAGUACACUUAUUGCUGGACCAGACUUUCCCGUCAAAUUGACACAGUACACUUACUGCUGGAGCAGACUUACUCUUCCAUUGACACAGUACACUUACUGCUGUACGAGACUUCCCUUCCAUUGACACAGUACACUUACUGCUGGAACAGACUUCCCUUUCAUUUACAAAGUGCAUUUACUGCUGGACCAGACUUCCCUUCCAUCGACACAGUACACUUCCAGAGCGGAGAAAUUUUGCCACAACAAACACCGAAACUGUGCUGCUUGGCGCUGUCGUAUUAAAUCUUUUUGUAAUUGCUCUGCCAACAUUUUUAAGAAAUGUUAACCCUUUCGGAUAUUUUAUUCACUUAAACAUAUGAGAAAAAAAUCACAUUCAACUAUGAAUCUUUUGUUCUGCCACCUUUUUACUAAUACGUUCACACUUUAAUAUCAAUUACGUACGGGAAAAUAAUACUGAACGAUGAAGAGCUCGAAGUGUUGGUCGAAAAAACCCAUUUCCAGCAACAACAACUGCGCAACAUGUCUUCCUU